AUGUCUAUCUCUUCUCCCAGCGGCAACAACCACGGCGGCAACGCGCCGCCGCCGCCGCUAACGCCGGAGGAGAAGGCCGCCCGCGACGCACGGCUGCAGCGCGAGCAUGAGUCGUACAUCCGCGGUAUUGCAACGAUGCGCUCGCUGCCGCGGCUUCGGUCCACCAUUGCCGGCGCUGGCGGCAAGACGAACACCAACACACGUAUUGCAGAGGAGCGUGAAGAGGUGCGGCAGCAGCACCUCCGCGCCGCGGCCGCCGCAGCAGCGGAGCUGCAGCAACGUCGUCAGGUCCAUCAGGAGAAGGUCAAGAAACUAGAAAGCAUACAGGCGAAGAAGCGCAACCGCCGCGCCGCCAAAAGGGGGAAGAAGAAGCAGCGGCUCGAGGAGAAGCUGCGCAGCAGGCUGGACUCGGACUCAGAUGCGAGCUCAGACGGCUCUGCUUUAUCAUCGUCAGCGUCCGCAUCGUCGUCAAGCGACUCGGACGGCGAUGGCGAGGAUGCGUAA